CAUUCUUAAAAAAAAUUUUUAAAAAAAUAACAAAAUUACUAAUUUUUAUAAAUUUUUUACUAAAAAUAUAAUUUUAUGGCAAGAUUCAUCUCUGUAUAUUUGCUAGACGGAGGAUUUGCUUCUCAGCUUGAAAGAAAUGGUCAUCAUAUACCUGAAACCAACUCAAUAUGGUCCUCAAUAUAUUUAAUAACAGAUCCAAAAUCUGUGGUAGAAGUUCAUAAACAAUUUAUAGCUGCAGGAUCGGAUAUAAUUACCACAAAUACCUAUCAAGCAAGUAUCAAAGGUUUUUAUGAAACCUCUCAUUUUAAUAGCAGACAAGCAUUAGAUAGCAUAGACCUAGCUGUAAAAUUAGCUGAAAGAGCUAUUCAUGAAACAGGUUGCCUAAGAUCCAAUAAAACAUAUGAAAAUCAAAACAAACUAGACAUCUUAAAUCAGCAAAAUAACCAUAACUUACAAAUCAAUCAAAAGAUUAAUACUGAAAAAACUCAUGAUUAUAAUUUAUUAACUUUCAAAAAAAUUAUCAUGAUAGCUGGUUCUGUAGGGCCAUAUGGAGCCUCAUUGUGUGACCAGAGUGAAUAUUCAAACAUAUAUUUGGAGAAUGUAACCCAAAUAUUUUUAAAGGAAUGGCAUAGGCCUCGAAUUGUUCAAUUACUUGAUAGUGGUGUAGAUAUUUUAGCAUGCGAAACUAUUCCUUGUAUUAAGGAAGCUCUGGCUAUAGCAGAAUUAUUGAAAGAAUUGUCUUUUGCAUUUAAAUAUAAAGAUAUUAAGGCAUGGUUCAGUUUUACAAUUAGAUCCAAUUUAGAAAACAAUGAAGAAAAUGUUGCGAGACAUAUGAUAAGUAGUGGUGAACCUUUUAUAAAAGCUUAUGAUAUUUUAUCAAUUUACCCCCAAGUCAUAGCUAUGGGGGUGAAUUGUGUCCAUCCUGGGCUGAUUGAACCAUUAUUGUGUGAAAUUGCUAGCCAUCGAUUAAUAGUCAAAAAUAACUAUUUUGACCAUGAAUCAGGGAAGGGAGUAGGCAAAGAAGUCAGAUCUAUAAAUGCUUUAAAAAUGACAAAUAAUUUUAAGACUAUAAAAUUUUCAUCACCCAACUGUCCAGCUUUGAUAGUUUACCCCAACAGAGGUGAAAUAUGGGAUCCCAUGAACAAGAAAUGGCGAAAUGCUGAUAAAAAUCAAUUGCCUUUAUCAGGUUAUCUAAAUAAAUGGGUAGAACUGGGUGCAACUUACAUAGGUGGGUGUUGCAGGGUUUACAAGGAAGACAUUCAGCAAAUGAGAGGUGUUAUAGAUACUUAUUUUAAAACCUGCAUAACCAACAACAGUGAUAUGUGAUUUUAUAAUAUUGAUUUUGAAUUAGAGUUCUACAUUACCUGGUCUGUCAGAGAACACGUGAGCUUGACCAGACAAUUUUACUAGACUGGGCAAAAAUUCAACUGGCUGGGCAUUAUGCCAAAAAAAAUUAACAGCUAACCAUAAUUGAAUUUUUUCUUUAAUGGACCUAGCUGCAGAAAAUUAGAGGCAGACAUUUAAAUAAUGGGCCAGGCAACUUGUAACAAAAAUCAACUAAGCUUGUGGGUCUUUGUUUUAAUGUAUUUAAAUUUAUAUAAAUAUGCUAAUUUUUUAAACUUAUUUUUAAAUGAUAGAUAAAAGCUCAAUUGUUAUUAUUAUUUUUUCAUUGGUUAUACAAUUAUUAUCAACUAGUUAUAAAUUUUAAUCAACUAAUUAUGUGUCUGCUGUCGAUAAUGUAACCCAAGGCAAUACAGAUUAUA